AUGAAAAGCUACUGCAUUUUUGCUGUCUUAGCGUUCUUAUUAGUCUCCAAUGCACGCGCAUCGCCAUUGAAAGCAAACGAUGUGGAUAUUGGUCAAAAACUGAUACCUCAAGAACGCAUGCUGUCAGAAGCAUUGGCAGUAGUCGUAUCAAAAACAACGGCAAUCUUAGGACCGGUUGUGGCACCUUUCGUAGCUUGUAUGGGCACUUCCUUUACGUUAAAAUGUAGUCACAAGAUGUUGGAAUGUGCCAUACGUGGAACGGCUGCUUGGCAAUGCAUUGGUGGACUUAUGUGUGGUGGAAAAUCGACUUUGGGCUGCAUCAAGUCUCCGUUUUGA